AUGGCUGAAUAUGAAAACAGAACUCUCUGCAUCCUGGGGUGUGGAAACCUGGGCAUCGCCAUCCUAGACGGCUUGAUCAAUGCACCAGCCGAGAAAGCCAAAGAACUACCAUUCAACCGAUACGUCGCAUGCGUGCGCAGUGAAAGCUCAGAAAAGAGACUCACCGAGCGAUUCGCCAACUCCAUGGGCGAACUAACCAUUUCGCGCAACGCAAAUCUACGCGCCUUAAAAGCCGCAGAUGUAAUCAUCCUCGGCACCGACCCAGCCGAUAUUGAGAACGUCCUGACACAGCCCGGAAUCCACGAGACCUUGGUCGAUAAGCUUCUCAUCAGCAUUGCAGCCGGGUGGACAAGACAGAAGCUCGAAACCACACUCUACGGCAGUGUCACCACCGCUGAGAACGCAGCCGGUCGAGCCUGGGUGGUGCGCACGUUGCCGAAUAUCGCAGCCCAGGUCUCCCAGUCUCUUACAGCUAUUGAAAAGCCUGACCUAGGAUUGCCGGAGGCGUAUCUGCAGAUCACGACGUCGAUCUUCGAACAGAUUGGCAAGGCGGUCCAUGUGGAUCCGAAAUUAAUGAAUGCUACUACUGCUGUUGGAGGCUCGACGCCGGCUUUCUUUGCGGUGAUUUGUGAUGCUAUGAUUGAUGCUGCGGUGGCGGUUGGGCUUCCGCGGGAGAUGGCUCAUACUAUGAUUUUUCAGUCGAUGCAAGGGACGGCGACGAUGCUGCAGAGUGGCAUUCACCCUGCCCUUUUAAAGGACCAAGGAACGUCCCCUGAGGGGUGCACGAUUGGCGGGUUGAUGGUGAUGGAAGAGGCUGGUGUGCGUGGCCAUGUGGGACGGGCUUUGAGGGAAGCUGUUACUGUGGCUCGUUUGAUGGAGACGACGACUCAUGUCAAUGACACGAGACAUUAG